UGCUCCCAAAACUCCACGUCAGAACAAAUAUCCCAAAAUCCAUGUUUUUUUUUCCAAUCCACCCGUGACCCGUUCAACCGAUUCAGCCCGAUCCUAGACCCGUGCACACCUGGUGCCAAUUAAUUUUUUUCCCUUAUACGGACCAGAAAGAGCAUUCCAAUUUAUUUAAUUUUUUUUUUUUUUGUGAUGUUGUUCCUAGCUUCAACUUUCCAAGCAAGGAAAACCCAGUAUUUGUUUUCAUCUUUUCUACAUAAAAUUUCCACAAAUUCAACUUCCAAGACAUCUAUUUAUCUGGGUAAAAACAUAUUAACAGAGAAAGAAAUAGAGUACAUUAAUUUCCUCAAAAAUGCCCAUCAAAUUUCAGAUUUGCCUCAUGGAAAAUUAAUACAUGCCCACCUCAUAAAAAACUCUUAUUUGUAUUCAUCCACAAUUCUCCAGAAUUAUCUCCUUAGUAUGUAUGUAAAAUUCGGGGAUUUUGGUAAUGCACUCCAACUGUUUGAUGAAAUGCCUCAAAGAAAUGUUGUGUCUUGGACUUCCUUUAUUGCUGGAUUUGUGCGUUAUGGUUUUGCUAAGCAAGGUCUUGUUUACUUCUCCUGUAUGUUUACUGGUGAUGUGAGGCCUAAUGAGUUUACUUUAGUUAGUGCACUUAAUGCUUGCUCUUGUACUGGGUUUGUUUCUCAGGCUUAUCAGAUAUACACGUUAGUUAUAAGACUAGGAUUUGAGUGGAAUGUUUUUGUUAAAAAUGCGUUUUUAACUGCUUUGAUAAGAAAUGGAGAGUUAUUGGAUGCUAUUAAGAUUUUUGAUGGGUGUUUGAAUAAGGAUAUGGUGUCUUGGAAUGCUAUGAUCUCUGGAUAUUUGCAGAUUUUACCCGCGGAAGUUCCUGGCUUCUGGUUGAGGAUGGUUCGUGAAGGCGUAAAGCCUGAUGCAUUUACGUUUUCGAUGGUUCUUAGUUCGUUGGUCGAUCUUGGUGAUGAUAAAUUAGGAAUGCAGAUGCAUGGUCAGCUUGUUAAGUUUGGCCAUGGAAGUGAAACAUGUGUUGGGAAUUCUGUAGUUGAUAUGUAUUUGAAGUUUGGGGAGUUGGUUAAUGGGUUUAAAGCUUUUCAUGAGAUCGGUUGCAAGAAUGUUCGAUCUUGGACAACUAUGGCUAGUGGGUGCUUGACUUGUGGGGCUCCAAGCAAAGCGCUGGAGCUCCUUGGAGAAAUGAAGAUGGCAGGUAUAAGGCCAAAUCAGUUUAGUGUUGCCACCACUUUUCAGGCAUGUGCUAAUAUGGCUUCUCUUGAUGAUGGUAAAAAAGCUCAUGGCUUGAGGAUAAAGCUUGGAAGUCAGAUGGAUAUAUGUGUUGACAAUGCUCUGCUUGAUAUGUAUGUCAAAUGUGGAUGUAUUGAUGAUGCAAUGUUGGUGUUUAGGCGAAUGAUGGAUCGUACAACGGUUACAUGGACUACAAUGGUAAUGGGAUUUGCCCAAAAUGGCCAACCACUAGAAGCUCUCCAAGCUUUCAAUGAAAUGGUAACCAAGGGCAUUCAGCCAAACUACAUUACUUUUGUGUGUGUUCUUUAUGCUUGUAGCCAAGGCGGAUUUGUGGAGGAAGGAUGGAAGUAUUUCUCUUCAAUGACUCAUAUAUAUGGAAUUUCUCCAGGAGAGGAUCACUAUGUUUGUAUGGUUGAUCUGCUUGGAAGAACUGGACAGAUCAAAGAAGCAGAGGAACUUAUCGCAGGAAUGCCUUUUAAACCAGGACCAUUAGUUUGGAAGACCUUACUUGGUGCCUGUCAUAUUCAUGGGGAUUUUGAAGCAGGCAAGCGUGCGGCAGAAUGUGCAAUCCAUCUUAAACAGAGUGAUCCUUCAACAUAUGUCUUGCUAUCAAACAUGUUCGCAGUUUCGAGCCAUUGGGAAGGGGCAAAGAAUAUGAGAAACAUAAUGAAAUCUAAAAGUGUACACAAAAUUCAAGGAACUAGUUCAUUGAUAUCAACGGACAUUGCUUGAUCCUCUUGCAAAUGAUGCCAUGAUUUCUAAAAGGGGUGCUCUAAUUUCCAUAUGUUCAUCAUGUGUUCUUCCUGGAACAUUAGUAAAUAGCUCUUGAGUUUUUCUGGAAAAGGAAGAAACUUUACUGCGUGUCGAAAUUUCAUUGAGAGAUCUGUAGCGAAGACACAUUCAAGAAGUUCUCUAUCAGCUUCAAAAAAUGAUUAAUUCCCUAUACUUGAUGUGCAUAUGCUUCGAGCUUCGUCAAUCUUGAUGUCAGAAAUGUCAGUAGAAAGCCCAACAGUUUGAAAAGAAGAACAACUUAAUAUUGUAUCUCGAAAGAUGUUAGAAUCACUUGCAGUGAAGGAAGAGUGGACCUGUGUUCAGUUUCAAGGUAUUGCAAUUUGCAUCGAACUCAAGUGGGCUGCUCGAUAAAUCCCAAGCAAUAACGGAUCAGAAGAGCUGAAACUUUGGGAGUUCGAUUGAAAUUCAAAUCGAGGUGAUCGGGUGAGGAUAGACUUUUCUUUAUUCUUUCAUGAUUCAUCCAUCAAUGAGAAUUUGGUUAUCACAGAAUAGUAAGUAGUGGAGACAUUCCACGAAGAUGGAAGCUCUUGUUCUUCUGAAGGCAAUGUAGCGGGGUUUGGUUGUCAACUUCUAUCAUGUUCAUUCUAUCAAUCAAGUGAUUUUUGUGUACAGAUUGACAAAGAAUGGUACAUACAGAAGAGUUCAAGUUCAUCCA